CCUCAACUCCGCCUCGUUCUGCAGCGAACCAUUCCAGUCAACCAUGUUGGCGCAUCUGUUACGGGGCCGCCUGGACACAUCGCCUUAAGGCCUCAUCUCAUCCUUUCGCCGUCAAUCCGUAUCUUUUCCCUGGGAAACCCUUCCCAACACAAGCCUUCUUGGCGCGACCUGAUUCCUUAAUAUUAAUAAACACGAAUUUCCUACAGGGGAGCGCCACCUCGACACCUCCCUUUUCCCUUACAAGACGUUUCUUCCAUUCUCUCGCUUUUCUUUCCUGCGUCGCCGUAUGCAACGGCCGCUUCUGCUUUCGUUUUCUUGCAUCACUCUCGUUUAAUCCGAUACCUGUGCCACUAUGUCGUUAGCCAAUCGGUCCAGCGUCGACGGAGCUCCCUUACUCCACGCUGAGUUCGAGGAGAAGGAUUCGGGAGCCCAUACAAACCCGCUAUGGCGACCGCUCGAAGUCUUCGCACGCAAAUUCUCCCCCCGCCCGCUCAUGGCGACCCUAAAACCGAGCUUCUUGGACCGCAAUGCGAAACCGGCGAAAGUCCACCCGACCUCCUGGCUCGAUGGCAUACGGGGAUACGCCUCGUUCUGCGUCUUCAUAUACCAUUUCCAACACAUGUUCCAUCAGAAAUACCUGCUCGGUUAUGGAAGCAACGGAGGAAUCGACGACUACUGGUUGAUACAGUUGCCCAUCAUAAGGCUCAUAUUUACUGGAGGGCCCAUGGUUAGCAUCUUCUGGGUUCUUUCUGGAGUAUCGCUAUCUCUAAAGCCCAUCCAACUCGCCCGAAGCCAGAGCUGGGACAAGUUUUUCGACACGAUGUUCUCCUCCAUCUUCCGACGCGCUCUGCGGCUCUACAUGCCGGUAUACUUGGUUCAGAUUUGCGUUAUCAUCGCAGCAUGCCUGGGCAUGUACAAUCACGCCUAUACAUUGUCCAAAGAUUGGCCCUUUGGCGGGACAAACGAGGUCCAGUUCGAAGUCUUCUCGAGCAGCACGGAACAGAUUCGGGACUGGGCUACCGUCAUGUGGAAAUUCGCGAACCCGUUCAGACCUUCGCGCCCGAAGUACGACGUUCAUCUGUGGACGAUCCCGCUCGAGUUCCGCAAUUCCAUUGUCCUGUUCGCGGCGUUAGUUGGAUACGCCAAGCUGAGACCCCGGAUACGUGUCACGCUCACCGCAGCACUGUAUGCCUUUUGUGUGUUUGUGGAGGAAGGCGAUGUCGCACUCUUCAUUGCUGGAAUGGGUCUUGCCGAGUACCUGCUGAUUCGCGACGAGAACGCGAAGCAACUUCCCACGGCAGAGAAGUCUUCGGAGACACAGAGCAAGCGCACCAAGGCGAUUUGGGCAGUCGUCCUGUAUGUCGGCCUCCAUCUCCUGUCAUGGCCCGCUCACAAGUAUGAGACAUCGCCGGGAUAUAUGACGAUCCACAAGCUGGCGAAACCCUUCUUCAACAGCACUGAAAUGACGUUUCAGCGCAUGGGCGCCGCCAUCUUCCUCCUGGCGCUCUGCGGCUCUGAGUGGCUGCGAGUGCCCUUCCAAACCCCUCUCGCUGUCUACCUGGGCAAAAUCUCGUUUCCUUUGUACAUCGUUCAUGGUCCAGUUAACCAUAUCCUUGGUACAUCGCUUGUGGAGUUUUUCUGGAGUUGUACGGGGCACGAAUCGCUAUUCACGUAUGAGUUGGGCGUUAUUGCUUCUUGGGUCUGCUGCGCCAUUGUCGUGGUUUGGCUUGCCGAUAUUCUCAUGAGGACGGUUGAUACCCCUAGUGUAAGAUUCGGACGGAGUCUGCAGAACAAAUGGUCCUGUUGAUUUUCUGCUUGCAUGGCAUUUUAGCGAUUGCGAUGGAUAUCGCAUAGCGAGGGAUAGCUACAAUCGCAUUUCCUUUUGGAAUCCGUACCGCAUUCGCUUCCCCCGAACCUAAAGCAUGAAGCAAUCGUUAGUACGGAGCUAGUGG